ACCAGAUGUGUUUUAUUGGUCUAAGGAAAUAUCUGCUGUUCACGCAUUCAUCAGGACAUCGUUUGGUUCGGGCAGUAUUCUCACUCCACGCCGAUUUGAGCCCUUCGGUGGAUCAUUGUGAAACGGCAUCCAGAAUUCCGAAGGAGUUGGCCAAACAACAGCGAAGACGUUUAAUCGGUUGCAUCGAGAGAAUUUGGCAACAGGUGAAUUUCACGCUUGGCAAAGGUCAGACGCCGGCAAAUCGCGGUUCGGAUACCAUUUUUGGGAUUACAACUGGAAACGUUCAGGUCAUGGCUCAUCGAGACCAGCUGAGGGUCAGUAACCGUACACGUCAUUUGAAGCAAUCCAACGUUUUCAUGUCGAUGCGAGGAGAAUCGUCAGCGCCAAUGGGCGAAUCGCACGUGGAGGAUGAUCGCGGGGAACUCCCUGAUAUCUCCAGCAGACGCAAGAGAAAACGUAGACAAGAUAGUUGUUCGGAGGAUGCCCUGGUCGAACAGCCCCGCAGAUCGAAACGAAUGAGAAAACCGAAUAGGACCAGCGAUUACAUUUAUGGGAAAUAAUGAGAAUUGAAUUUUAUAAUCUAAUAUGCUAAUAUUGUCAGUUACCUGAUGUCUGAAUUUGCUAAUUUGUAUUGUUAUACGAUUUCGAUUAUAAAUGGAUUAAACUAUGUCAGAUUGAACUAAAAAAAUAUAGGGGAAAGAACUGUUGCAUCCGCAUUAGCGUGAUCGCACUCUCGAACGUAUAGAUAUACUGUGAACGAUUGAGUCGUUAUGUACAACGAUUGUUCGGUGUGAAUAAAGAUUACGAGUUCACUUCUAUCUGAU